UCUUCUUUAUUGAAAUUAAAAGUUUUAGUCUUUGUCUAACUUUAAUCCUUUAAUUCUGGAACAUUCGUCCUCGUCCCUUGGUUUGUGGGCGGUUUGUUUGUUUCCUCGAUAAAGUUGACUGCUUUCUUGGAAUCUGUCUAUGCCCUUUUUUGUCUUUGUUGUGUGUUUUAAAGGAUGCUUCUCUGCUUGAUUGUUUGUUUUAUUAGUAAGUUAGUGAGUUGAGUAAGCCCCUCUUGAUCAUAAUCAAAGUUAUUAGCUUUUAUUGCUUCGGAUCAGUUUCUGUUUGAGGAGUUCCUUGAGCUUUGCUUCUAAUUACAUCAUCUUUAAGUUCUGUAAUUGAUUUCACUUCUGUUAAGACAAGUUUUUGUUUCUUGUGUUUCUGUAAUGGAGUCUCCACAGUCUGUGGCCUCAACCUUCAACGGUAUCCACUUGAACGGCAACGAUGAAAGCAGCACAAAGAAAGCUGAUUCAGACAGCUUCAUGGGUGUGCUUGAGGUUUUUGUUCACCAAGCUAGGGACAUCCAAAACAUCUGCAUCUACCAUAAGCAAGAUGUGUAUGCUAAGCUCUCUCUCACAAGCGAUCCCGAGACCUCCUUGUCCACGAAGAUCAUCAACGGUGGAGGGAGAAACCCUGUCUUCGACGAUACUCUGCAGUUCCAUGUGAAGAGUGUUGAUUGUUCGCUCAAGUGUGAGAUAUACAUGAUGAGCCGCGUGAGGAACUAUCUCGAGGAUCAGUUGCUUGGAUUUGCUCUUGUCCCUCUGUCUGAAGUGAUUGUGAAGAACGGGAAGCUGGAGAAAGAGUUCUCUCUUUCUUCAACCGAUUUGUUCCACUCUCCUGCAGGUUUUGUUGAGUUGUCUCUCUCCUACGCUGGAGAGUUCCCUGAGGUGAUGAUGCACGUUCCCGCGGCUGAAGAAAGAGUGGAUGAGACCGAGUUGGUUUCUAUCGAGGUUGAUGAGUCUGAGUUUCUGGAUCCGAAGAUUGUCUGUGAGAACAAUCAGAUGGUGUCUAGUUACUUGGCCACUCCUGGUACUGAUUCUGAUGAUUUUGUGGAAGUAAACAGCGUCCUGUCUGCAGUUGUUGACACUGUUGAAGAAGCACCUCCAACAAAUAAGGACAUCACAAACGGAAUCUCUUCUCCAUCCAUUGCAGUUAGCUCUGGUUCCUCGGGUACUCAUGAUGAUGAUUUAGUACUGUCAAGCAAAGGCAACAACUCAGGUUCAGACCAAGAAGUGAAGAAGAAGCUAUCAAGUGAAGAAAACAACUCAGGUUCAGAGCAAGGGGAGAAGAAGCCAACAGAUACCAUCGAGAAUGGCGAUGGUGAAGAGGUUGUGAAACCGAUUGUGACAGUGAACUUUGAACAACCAGAGCAAAAGGUAGUGCAGCAAGAUAUUGUUGACAUGUACACAAAGAGCUUGCAGCAGUUCACUGAAUCACUUGCUAAGAUGAAACUGCCUUUGGACAUGGAUAGCCCAACACAAUCAGAGAACUCAAGCUCUUCCCAGCAGACUCCAAAGAGUGCGAACUCCCGUGUUUUCUAUGGCAGUAGAGCCUUCUUUUGAAGAAGCUUUGGAGGCAAUCACUAAGGAGUAGCAGCAACUAAUGAAAGUGUAAUAAUAAGUUGAAUGUUAGACUUAUCUAAAAAUGUGUAAACUAUUAUUGCCUUCAGCUUUUCUUGUUAUCUGCAACUUUCUUCUAAUUUAGUACUAAAAUCUUGCAACCUUGUCCUGUA